AUGUGGACUCUGGCCCUCACCAUGUGGACCCUCACCAUGUGGACUCUGAGCCUCACCAUGUGGACCCUCACCAUGUGGACUCUGAGCCUCACCAUGUGGACCCUCACCAUGUGGACUCUGGCCCUCACCAUGUGGACCCUCACCAUGUGGACUCUGGCCCUCACCAUGUGGACCCUCACCAUGUGGACUCUGGCCCUCACCAUGUGGACCCUCACCAUGUGGACUCUGAGCCUCACCAUGUGGACCCUCACCAUGUGGACUCUGAGCCUCACCAUGUGGACUCUGGCCCUCACCAUGUGGACCCUCACCAUGUGGACUCUGAGCCUCACCAUGUGGACCCUCACCAUGUGGACUCUGAGCCUCACCAUGUGGACCCUCACCAUGUGGACUCUGAGCCUCACCAUGUGGACUCUGGCCCUCACCAUGUGGACUCUGAGCCUCACCAUGUGGACUCUGAGCCUCACCAUGUGGACUCUGAGCCUCACCAUGUGGACCCUCACCAUGUGGACUCUGAGCCUCACCAUGUGGACUCUGAGCCUCACCAUGUGGACCCUCACCAUGUGGACUCUGAGCCUCACCAUGUGGACCCUCACCAUGUGGACUCUGAGCCUCACCAUGUGGACAGUCUGUGGGAGCCUCCGUGCGUCUAAUCUUUAA